UCAGAUCACUGCAGUCGUGCUUGUUCAGUCUUUGCGAGUAGGGAAUUGGCAGUUCAGGAGACGUGGUCCUCCAACGUGUACAAAGUGAUAACAGUGUCUAGGCCAACGAGGCAAGUUGCAUAGAAUGGAAAACGUCAUUGAGGAAGUAAUUUCGGAAACGGCCGGCGCCGAAAUGGGGCAGGACUUGCCUAAAAUGCCAUCGUUCGGUGGCGGUGCAGGCAACUUCAAGAUGCCAAGCAUGGAAGAGUUCAUCAAGAUGCUAGAACACAUGGAUAGUCUGUCCGAUGAAGAGAAGGAACAGCUGAAGCUUGAUGUGAUGAAGAAUUCUAUGGCCGAUCGCAAGGUCGUGACGGGUCUAUCGGACUACAUGGUGUUUUUGGUCAUGGUACUGCUGAUUGCAUCGGUGUUUGUAUUUUUCGGUUAUAAACUGUAUCUGUCGCUAACCGAAAAGGAGCGCAAGCGGGAAGAGAAACUGAAGGCCAAGCAGGUCAAAAAGAAGAAAUGAGACGGGUUCCAACGCGGUAGUGCCGUCAGCGGAGGUAGAACGGCUCGCCACCAUCAACACAAAAACAUUCCACAAAUGAAAGACUAAUAGCCGCUAUGUUGGUAAAUGUUUUACAUGUUUUACGCCAACCCCCUCCCUUCUACUAAGCGCAAUCAAGUGAGACUUUUUAGAAAUACUUUAACUGAUAACUAUAUAAUUAACGCACCUUUUUUGCCGUCUGCAAUGUAUUCUAAGUAAGAUCGAAAAUGAAAAUUCCUUAAAAGGCGUCUCUUGAGUGUGUAGAAAAUUUUCAGAUUUUUUUUCAUUUGUCUGUUAAGUUUGAUCAUGUUUAUUGCGUUCGGUUAAGGCGUCUUGUGUCAAAAAACUUACGAAAAAUAUAUAUGAAAACAUCGUUACACCAGAUUAGAUGUGAGUUUCAACAUAUACUUUGCUGCCACUAUUCGCAUAACAGUAAAAAUAGGAAUUCCAAGGGACAUGGGACGGUUAUGCGAAAAGCGGCAGUAUUGUUGCAUGCAUGUUAAAAUCAAAAUACAUAGUAUAUCAGACAGAUAUGGGUUUUCAAUAGAUGAUAUUAUUUUGCAAUGGAAAUAUGUUUUCCAUCGGUAAAAGGUUGAAAUAAAGAUUAAUAAACCGUAAAAACUUAUAAAAUAAA